CAAGCCUGAGAAGCUGGACAAGCCAGAGAGCUGUGAUAAUGUUAAGGUGGUUGUUCGAUGCCGGCCUCUUAAUGAACGAGAGAAAGCUACGGGCUACAAGAUGGCAGUCAACGUAGAUGAAAUGAGAGGAACUAUAACUGUUCAUAAAACAGACUCAUCCAAUGAGCCUCCCAAGACAUUUACGUUUGACACAGUGUUUGGACCAGAGAGUAAACAGCUGGAUGUCUAUAAUUUAACUGCAAGACCUAUUAUUGACUCUGUCCUAGAAGGAUACAAUGGUACUAUUUUUGCGUAUGGUCAGACUGGAACAGGCAAAACUUUCACCAUGGAAGGGGUCCGAGCAGUUCCUGAGCUCAGAGGCAUCAUUCCCAAUUCCUUUGCCCAUAUAUUUGGUCACAUUGCCAAGGCAGAGGGGGAUACAAGGUUUUUAGUUCGCGUGUCUUACCUGGAAAUUUACAAUGAAGAAGUGCGGGACCUGCUAGGAAAAGACCAGACACAGAGAUUAGAGGUUAAAGAGAGACCUGAUGUGGGAGUUUAUAUCAAAGACCUUUCAGCUUAUGUUGUAAACAAUGCAGAUGAUAUGGACAGAAUCAUGACUCUGGGCCACAAGAACCGUUCUGUUGGUGCCACAAACAUGAAUGAGCACAGCUCUCGUUCGCACGCCAUUUUCACUAUCACUAUUGAGUGCAGUGAGAAGGGGGUUGAUGGAAACAUGCACGUGCGCAUGGGCAAACUGCAUCUCGUUGAUCUUGCUGGUUCUGAAAGACAGGCAAAAACUGGAGCCACGGGGCAGCGACUGAAGGAGGCUACUAAGAUCAACCUCUCUCUUUCCACACUGGGGAAUGUUAUCUCUGCACUGGUGGAUGGCAAGAGCACCCAUGUGCCCUACCGUAACUCCAAACUUACACGGCUCCUUCAGGAUUCUCUGGGGGGCAACUCCAAAACCAUGAUGUGUGCAAACAUUGGACCGGCAGACUACAACUAUGAUGAGACUAUCAGCACUCUCAGGUAUGCAAACCGAGCCAAGAAUAUCAAGAACAAGGCCAGGAUUAAUGAAGAUCCCAAGGAUGCUUUGCUCCGCCAGUUUCAAAAAGAAAUUGAAGAACUUAAGAAAAAACUGGAGGAAGGGGAAGAGAUAUCUGGUUCCGAGACGAGUGAUUCUGAAGAGGAGGAUGAAGAUGACGAUGGGGAGAUCGGAGAGGAUGGGGAGAAGCGGAAGAAACGGCGGGAUCAAGCAGGCAAAAAGAAAGUUUCCCCUGAUAAGAUGGUCGAGAUGCAAGCAAAGAUUGAAGAGGAGAGAAAAGCUCUUGAAACUAAGCUUGAUAUGGAAGAGGAAGAAAGAAAUAAAGCCAGAGCUGAGCUGGAGAAGAGAGAAAAAGACUUGCUUAAAGCUCAACAAGAGCACCAAUCCCUACUGGAGAAACUGUCUGCAUUGGAGAAGAAGGUGAUUGUGGGAGGCGUGGACUUGCUGGCAAAAGCAGAGGAACAAGAGAAGCUUCUAGAAGAAUCAAAUAUGGAACUGGAAGAACGAAGGAAGAGAGCAGAACAGCUUCGGAAGGAGCUUGAGGAGAAGGAGCAAGAACGCUUGGACAUCGAGGAGAAGUACACCAGCCUCCAGGAAGAAGCACAGGGGAAAACCAAAAAGCUGAAGAAAGUUUGGACCAUGCUUAUGGCUGCAAAAUCAGAGAUGGCAGAUCUGCAACAAGAGCAUCAGAGAGAGAUUGAAGGAUUGCUAGAGAAUAUUCGACAGCUGAGCAGGGAGCUUCGUCUUCAGAUGCUUAUUAUAGAUAACUUCAUUCCUCAGGACUACCAGGAAAUGAUUGAAAACUAUGUUCACUGGAAUGAAGACAUUGGAGAAUGGCAGCUGAAAUGUGUUGCAUAUACAGGAAAUAAUAUGAGGAAACAGACACCUGUCCUGGAUAAAAAAGAAAAAGAUCCCUUUGAAGUGGACCUUUCCCAUGUUUACUUAGCUUACACUGAAGAAAGCUUGAGGCAAUCUCUGAUGAAGCUGGAGAGGCCGAGGACUUCAAAAGGAAGAUCCAGGCCCAAGACGGGUAGAAGAAAACGUUCGACAAAACCAGGAGCCGUCAUUGACUCUCUGCUGCAGUAGGUGUGACCCAUUCAGAAUUGCUGUAAAAAUCAGUGAGUGUAUCAGAUUUGGCCAGAAUAUGGAAUUCAAGAGAUGGCACGGUUUGACAUGGCUAUAAAAUCCAUGCCUUGCUGGUAUGGAGCUUUAUUUUAAAAAAAAAGUAUUUUUCCUUAGUUGCCUGUAUAUUGUAUGUUAUAUUAACAUAAUAUUAAACUGGUAUAUAUGAUGGUUGUGAAAUUCCAUGUGUUAAACGUGUUGUGCAGGGAAACUAUUGUUGGCAAUCCUUGUUGAAAUGUAUAGAAAAUAAGGGUUCUAGAUGUGUGUUUCAGUGCUAGACGUGUUAGCUCAAAACGGUUGAUGAAAUCCUAAAAUUUAAGGCUGGUAAAUCUAAUCUAUGCCCUGCUUUGCACAUAACUGGCAGCUUUCACUAUUGUCCUCUGUUGCACUGAUCUGUAUUUGAAAGUGGUUGCUGCAAACCUUUAAAAGCAUCAAACCCUUUUAUUUAAAUGUUCCUCACUGUGGCUAUUAACCGGAUCAUACUGUGUAUCAGAUACACAGUCCUCUUCCCUUCAUUUGCUGUCUUGCUGCACAGAGAAAGUAGUUGGGUAGGAGAAAUGUGAGUUACAAAAGUCUGAGACUUCUGGGAAGGGACCAUGCUCCGUUGAAGUGCAUCGAAAAACAAGGGUGUCUAAGUAGUGCUUUUGUUUUUGUCUCUUUUCGUGUCAUCUGCUGGCACUGUGGAGAAUGAGGCCUUUGAUGCAAAGGCAAAAGAGAGAUUUUCUUCCCUCCUUUUAAAGCUGUGUUGCAGCAUUGCUUUGGCUGCUUUUUAUGCUUCUGAGCUGGAAUUUUUUAAAUGUAUGUGAAUUGUUUUGUAAUCUGAACAGCAGAGAUUAUUUAAGGGGCAUGCUAUAACUCUAG